AUGGCUUUUGCUGCCUCGGUUGGACUGGGUAUCAGGUCGGGGACGUUGAGGACGUGUUCAAAGAGUUUGAAAUCUUCGUCAGUACGCUUGACUCGCUCAGACGCGCGCUUAUUCUCUUCCCUUUUGCAAGCAUCAGGAUCUUCUUGCCGUUCGCUAAAUAACAUCCAGACUCCAAGCUCUAGGAAUCUGUCACUAUGGGGCUCAAGUUCCAAGUCUACUCCCCCACCGUCAGCGGCGCCUGAAGCUCCUCCGGCAACAGAGGAGACGGCAGCAGCUGUCGCCGAAUCGUCGUCAACACCCGCUACCUCCGCUGCAACUACACCUUUGCCUACAGAUGCAGCCACAGACGCAACCACUUCAUUGCCUACAGAAGUAGUAACCGAGGCAGCUGCCAGCGCGGAUGUGCCUACUACCCUUCUCACCGAUGUUACCGAAGCCAUUGCCACUCACGCGCCAGCUGCGCUGCAGUAUGGCGACCUGGCUGCUAUGGGUCUCGCAGGAUGGUCACCAGCCGGUCUGGUUCGGUGGUCUCUGGAGCUGAUCAAUGUCUCUACUGGUAUGCCCUGGUUCUGGACAAUCAUUGCUGGAAGUGCGUUCUGGAGGUUAGUGUGCGUCCCAUUCGCGAUCAAGGGUCUGCAAGCCUCCGCCCGAAUGCAACCCCACCAAACGAAGAUGCUGGCUCUUCAACAGGAAAUCAAAAGAACGGCUGAAAAGAAGGACCCUGUCGCUAUGAAGCUGGCUACGGUCAAGAUGCAGGAGUUUUACAGGGCGAACAAUAUCAACCCUCUGGGAGGUGUUAUUGCUUUGGUGCAGAUGCCCAUCACCCUUGGAAUUUUCUUCGGAGUGCAGAAGCUGUGCAAAUUGCCCCUCGAGCAACUGCACUACAGUGGUGUUAGUUUCUUGCCCGACUUGACUGUGGCGGAUCCUACGUACAUCAUGCCUCUAGCACUAUGCGCCCUCAUUAACGUCCAAAUUAUGGUCGGAGCACGCGAUCUUAACACUAAAGAACGACCGGAUAUGGCCCACAUUAUGAACCUGUUCCGCGUAAUGACAAUCCCUGGUAUCGCCUUCAUGGCUGCUUUCCCCUCAGGACUUCUGUUGUCAUUGAUGACCACGGCCAUUCUUACCACCGCCCAAACACUUAUUAUGCGUAUGCCUGUUGUCCGAAACAAGCUGCAAAUCCCCAUUGUUCCCCCCAGCGCCUACGGCAAGCUGCCUACCAUCAGAGAGACCUUCACCCGCGGCAAAAACUGGUUCAAGGGCGAUUUGUCGGCGAGAAUGGAAAAGGCCCGUAAAGAGGCAUUGGCGAGGCAAAAUGCUGCCCGCCGCCCCCCUAUGGGAUUUUAA